GUGCCUGGGGGUUCGGGUGCUGUGCUGCACAGGUGGGAUAGGAGCCCGGACUGCAGGAGGGAUCACUGCUUCUCGGCACCACCAUGCAGGUGUCCAGCCUCAACGAGGUGAAGAUUUACAGUCUCAGCUGCGGCAAGUCCCUUCCUGAGUGGCUUUCUGACAGAAAGAAGAGAGCACUGCAGAAGAAGGAUGUUGAUGUCCGUAGGAGAAUUGAACUUAUUCAGGAUUUUGAAAUGCCUACUGUGUGUACUACUAUUAAGGUGUCAAAGGAUGGACAAUAUAUUUUAGCAACUGGAACAUAUAAACCCCGGGUUCGUUGUUAUGACACCUAUCAAUUAUCCUUGAAGUUUGAAAGGUGUUUAGAUUCAGAAGUCCUCACCUUUGAAAUUUUAUCUGAUGACUAUUCAAAGAUUGUCUUCUUACAUAAUGAUAGAUAUAUUGAAUUUCAUUCACAAUCAGGUUUUUACUACAAAACCAGAAUACCAAAGUUUGGAAGAGAUUUCUCUUAUCACUAUCCAUCCUGUGAUUUGUACUUUGUUGGGGCAAGCUCUGAAGUUUAUAGAUUAAAUUUAGAGCAAGGACGAUACCUGAAUCCUCUACAAACUGAUGCUGCGGAGAAUAAUGUUUGUGACAUAAAUUCAGUGCAUGGUUUAUUUGCCACAGGAACAAUAGAGGGCCGAGUGGAAUGCUGGGAUCCCAGAAUGCGGAACAGAGUUGGUGUGUUAGACUGCGCACUGAGGAGUGUCACAGCAGAUUCAGAGAUAAACAGCUUGCCGACCAUCUCUGCUUUGAAGUUUAAUGGUGCCUUGACCAUGGCAGUUGGAACAUCCACGGGACAGGUUUUAUUAUAUGAUCUUCGAUCUGAUAAACCUUUGCUAGUUAAGGAUCACCAGUAUGGACUGCCUAUUAAGUCAGUUCAUUUCCAGGACUCACUAGAUGUGAUUUUGUCUGCAGACUCGCGAAUUAUCAAAAUGUGGAAUAAGAACUCAGGAAAAAUAUUUACUUCCUUGGAGCCAGAACAUGACCUUAAUGAUGUUUGCCUGUAUCCCAAUUCAGGAAUGCUUCUUACUGCCAACGAAACCCCCAAGAUGGGCAUCUAUUAUAUUCCGGUUUUGGGGCCCGCUCCCAGGUGGUGUUCCUUCUUGGACAACUUGACAGAAGAAUUAGAAGAGAACCCAGAGAGCACAGUUUAUGAUGAUUACAAAUUUGUCACUAAGAAAGAUCUUGAAAAUUUAGGGCUCACACAUCUCAUUGGAUCACCUUUUCUCCGGGCAUAUAUGCAUGGAUUUUUCAUGGAUAUUAGACUCUACCACAAGGUGAAGUUGAUGGUAAAUCCAUUUGCUUAUGAAGAAUAUAGGAAAGAUAAAAUUAGACAGAAGAUAGAAGAAACACGUGCACAGAGAGUCCAAUUAAAGAAAUUGCCAAAAGUUAACAAAGAGCUGGCCCUUAAACUAAUUGAAGAAGAAGAAGAGAAGCAAAAAUCUGCAUGGAAAAAGAAAGUUAAGAGCCUUCCUAAUAUUCUCACUGAUGAUCGAUUUAAAGUUAUGUUUGAGAACCCUGACUUCCAGGUAGAUGAGGAAAGUGAAGAAUUUAGGCUUUUGAACCCACUUGUUUCAAAAAUCAGUGAGAAAAGGAAGAAGAAACUAAGACUCUUAGAGGAACAAGAACUUCGUGAAAAGGAAGAGGAGGAAGAACUGGAAGGAAAAGCAAGUGAUGCAGAAAGUUCAGAGAGUUCAGAUGAUGAGAAAGGCUGGGUCGAAGAGGUCCGGAAGCAGCGUAGACUUCUUCAACAGGAAGAAAAAGUGAAGCGGCAGCAACAACUGAAGGAGGACCAGCAGACAGUCCUGAAGCCCCAGUUCUAUGAGAUCAAAGCAGGAGAAGAGUUCAGAAGCUUCAAAGAUUCUGCCACAAAGCAGAAACUGAUGAACAAAACCCUUGAAGAUCGUUUGAAACUUGAAGCAAAAAAUGGGACAUUGAAUGUAUCAGACACCACUGUUGGCAGCAAACAACUGACUUUCACAUUAAAGAGGUCGGAACAGCAGAAGAAGCAACAGGAGGCUGAGAAACUGCACCGACAAGAGAGGAAGAAACUUCGCCGGUCUGCUGGUCACCUGAGGUGCAGACCCAGAAGAGGCCGGCCCUUUCACUGACCAUGGAAGUGACCCUUGGCAGCAGUAGAAAGCAGUACUUCACCUCAGCCGAUUGCCACAAGAGUAGUAACCCCAGACAAGGGACACGUUGCAAAAUUUAUGCAUGGAGGUGCACUGGCCCCACCGCUAGUCCCCGAAUAGCUCCCAGAGUGCUUGGUGAAGUUUUUGCCCCAUUAUAAAUACUGUCCUUUCCCCUGGCUUUAAUUAGGUAAAGCGGGUCCUCGUCAUGUUUUAAUAUUUUGAGAGUUGAUCAUGAAACAAAAGGUCAUCCUGUGUUGAAAACAUUUACCAUGUCCUAGUGUCCUAGUUGUUUUUUUCUUGGAAUGGCCAUUGCCAUCCUUGACGGACACACCAGAAACCCAUCCCUGUCUGGCCUGCUGCUCUUAUACUGGCCCUGUUUUAUGUUCUGGGUUAUAUUGAUAGGUUUGUUUGCUUGCUUCUGUGUUACUCUGAUGUAUUUUUUUAAACUAUUUUUAUACAAACAAUAUAAAUUAAUGGAAAUAACAAUAAGAAAUGGAAACUACUGGUUACUCAACUUGGCACAGGAUUAAAUAGGUAUUUUCGAUGAACUUGCUGGAGGAAACAAAAAUAAAGCUUUUAUUUGGAUGGUUUUUUUGAGAAAGACCCUUGCCUUGAGUUCAUUUAAAAAUUAGCUUUGAGUUCCCUAGUUUUUUGAGUAUUAGGAUUUUAGAGUUGCCUUAAUACGGUUUUUUUUAAGUUUCUUUAUGCAGUAGUGAAAUUGUAACUCUUUGGAAGGUGAACUAUAGAAUCUAACUUUAAAUGCCCAAAAGGCAGAAUUCAUGCGUUACUAUAACCGUUCUGCCCUGCCAAGUGACCUCAGGAGCAUCUCCAUCCAUCCAUGUAUAGAGGAUUCAGGCUGUGCUCCCCCUUUUCUCCUUUUCAUUGUGGUUCCUUGUCUCUUCACAGUUUCCCUUCUCCCUUUUCCUGGUGUUUCUUCCCCCUGUGGUCUCUGCUGCUUCUGUGCAGGCUGGCUUACCACAGGCGGGGACCAGCAUGCAUCAUAUGUUCACUUCUGUGAGAAGUCUGAGAGCUGAAGCCUGUUUCUAGGUGAGAAGUGUGUGUGCUACAUAGUGUGUGUGGGUGUGACAGUGAUUGUGUAGAUGUGUAGAAGGCACGGUCCCGAGGAAGAGAUUGUUGAUUCUUGGCGAGCAGCCCACCUCAUGCUGUGGUCCCAGUCUUUUGUGCCCCAUGCGUUCCUCUCCGGCUUCUUCCUCAACUCCUUCCAGGGGGCCCUUGAAAGGCAGUCCUCAGUGCCUCAUUGCUUUUCUCUUCUGUUUCCCACACUGCUUCCGGCAGGGCCAGGCGCUCCAGAAGAAGUUGGAGAGAGAAUUCCCCGGAGGUCAGGACUGUGCUCUCAAUGUGUCUCUCAAGACCAGGCUUUUCUGCUGUCCUGCCCCCUAGGCCCGUCCUUCUUUACUCUGUGGGGAGCCAGCGUGCCAUGUUACAUGACAUGAGCAGUGCUGCAGGUUAGCAGUUCACGUCUCUGAAACAAAGGCGCCUAUAAAAUGGGUCACCAGAUCAUCAGCAGGUGGAGAAGAGCCAUGGGGCUCCAUUCUGGCACCUGGAGGCUGGUGAGAAAGUGGAAAGGCUGGGCUUUAGAGCCACUGACCUGGGGUUGAAUCUCAGCUCUGUUAGCUUCCUGUUCUGCAUGCUUUCACUGUGUAUCCUUUAAGCCAUGUCUCACCUAUAAAGUCAGCCUAACAAGUGUUAGUAAGAUUAAAUUAGGCGCUUCUGAUAAGCAGAGAAGCUGGCACGGUGGGAGGCCCAGAGCACUUAAUAAAGUGCUUUCUCACCACCACCAUCCCCCCACUUCAGGGGCCACAUGCACACCUCUGAACACAGCCACGGACUUUAAUAUUGAGGUUUUGAAGAGCACAGGUGCACUCUGUGUUUGAUGUGGGGAAUUCUUACAGGCAGCAGGAGGGACUGAGCCGAUCUGUGAGGGACAUUCAA